UCGCAUCGCUCCACACGCCAUCAGCCAGUCGCCUUUGCCGCUUCUUUGCAGCACUACACGCACUAAAUAUAACCUAGCACAAUGUUUUAAAAAAUCGUGAAUCUAGUUUUAUUAUUUAAAUUAUUAGUCAAAUAAACUGAUAAUAUUUAAUUCGAAGUGAAAGUUCGUGUGUCUAUUUAUUGUAUUUAUAAACCAAAAACCAGUGUUUUAAACUAAAAUGAAGGAUAAAAAAUUAAGCGAUGGAGCUCACGAAGCGAUGCUGGCGGAGAGUCGGAAGCCGCAAGUCAAAAGCAAACAAACACACAGUCAGGAAGAAUAUGAGGCACUACAGAGCUUUCUACGCAGUAUUAGUUCCACCGCAACACUACCGCCCUACGUCAAAGGGGAAACAUACUCAUCCAUGCGAGGCGUCUUCAACCAGUGCCUCAUCACAUGCGCAGUAUUAGUGCUGGCUGCCGGCGCUGGUCAUCCGAUCGGUUUUUCCGCGGUGGCGCUGCCGCAGCUUCAGAAUGAGAACUCCAGCAUGAGGAUAGACGAGGAAAUGGGCUCGUGGAUCGCCAGUAUACAUUCUGCGGCGACGCCACUAGGGUCGAUGUUAUCUGGGCCCAUUAUGGAGGCGAUAGGGCGGCGGCGCACGCUACAGGCCUCUACCUUUCCUCUGGUGCUGGGCUGGAUCCUCAUCGCCACCGCCAUGCACCACGCGUUGCUGCUUCUCGGCAGGAUCGUGUGCGGCUUUGCUGUCGGCAUCAUGGCGGCUCCCUCACAGGUGUAUUUAGGAGAAAUAUCAGAACCUCGUUUACGUGGUUUGCUGAUCGGCACACCAUUCGUGGCGUACUCACUCGGAGUACUCUAUGUGUAUGCUCUGGGCGGGGCGCUACCCUGGCGAUCGGUGUCCUUCCUCUGCAUCGUGCUCCCUUCUCUGGCCUUCGUCGUGCUUUGUCUGUCCCCUGAGAGUCCCACCUGGCUCGCCAGGAAGGGACGCUUCCACGAAGCCAUGGCAGCUAUGGGCAGAUUACGUGGGAACCCAGAGAUCGCGCAAAGGGAGCUCCACGAAUUGAUAUCUGCACGGGAGAAAGAAAAGGCACGUGGCGAGGAGACUAUUCGCUUCUUCGCGACAGUAUCGAGGGCGCCCGUGCUCAAGCCGCUGCUGUUGAUCAACGCGUUCAACAUGCUACAGAUCCUGUCCGGAAGCUACAUUGUUAUAUUCUACGCUGUUGACAUCGUCAAAGAGGCCGGCGGCUCGCUCAGCCCUCACAUGGUAGCAAACGCGAGCGCAUGUACAAGACUCGGCGUGACUGUGAUAGCCUGCAUCUUGCUGCUGAAGAUAACACGUCGUUCCCUCGUCAUGAUGUCCGGUAUAGGCACCGCUGUCUGUACUCUCGCCCUCGCCUUCCUGUUAUACCAGGACGCGGGUUCCGGCAUUAUAACGCCAGUACUCAUCCUAGGCUACGUCGCCUUCAAUACUCUUGGCUUCUUUUUACUCCCAGGCCUCAUGAUUGGAGAACUCCUCCCAACCAAAGUCCGUGGUCUCUGUGGCGGUUACAUAUUCUGUGUCUUCAAUGCCGUCCUCUUCGGUUUUACCAAACUGUACCCAGUUAUGAAGAACUCGGUCGGCAUGUCCGGUGUAUUCGCGCUCUUCGGAUCCGCCGCGUCUCUAGCCACGGUCGUCCUAUUCCUCCUCCUUCCAGAAACCAAAGGAAAAUCACUCCUCCAAAUAGAACAGUAUUACCAGAAACCCAACAUACUUUGGGUGACGCGCAAAAAAACGACCGACGGUCAACAAGUUUGAGUAUUAAGUUAUAAGUAGAAUAAGUUAAGAGUGUUGGGCUAACCCAAAGCGUUCUCACCGCCCUGUUGCAACUUUAGAUUAAAUAGUUCAAAUUAAAGGGCGUAAUAGUUGUUCAAUAUUCCAUAUAGUGUAGUCUUCUAUGAGUACAAACAGUUUUUUGUAAACUUCCAAACUCUAAAACAGAAACUAAAGUAAACCCGGCAAUUCUAGCAGUUUUCUAGUAGCUGCUAUUUGAAAAACUGUUUCUUUCCAUAAAAUUAUGGAAAGAAACAGUUUUUCAAAUAGCUUUUCUAAGGAAAUCCUUAGAAAAGGAAUUAAAAAGUGGUGCUUUUUUCAUUAAUAUUUAGCGAUUUUUAUUUCGAAUUGUUAUACAUAUUAUAUUAAUUAUUAUUAUAAAAAAAACAAAUGUCGACACAACGUCAAAACAAAAUGUUUCAUAAUCCCGAAAAUAUGGCGGCAAAAAAUAACUGUGAUGAACUAUGAACAGGACCAGUUUUUUUUCUAACGCUCAAAGACUGUUAGGAAAAUGUAUGACAAAUAUUUUAGAUUGCAUUUUUUAACCGUUAAAUACAAUUUAAAACAUCAAAUACUUUAAAUUAUUAAAAUCGUCACAAAAUAUUAGGCCAAUUUUAAUGACUAUCAAUGCAAUUUAAUUAGCAAUAAUUAUAGUUUUAAAUGAGAAACUAGAAAUCGGACGACUGGAAAAAAAUUUAAUUUGAAUUUAGGUACAUUUUCGUUAUCAAAGGUAACAAUCUUGUCCUAGUUAAAGUGUUGAAAUUGGCCUAACAUAUUGUGAUGAGGAAUUAUUCAUAAGGCGUUUAGGAUAUUCACGAUUUUUUGUCAAGAUGUUACAAUAAUAUUGUUAUUUUGUUAUCAUGUUGUAACAAAUAUAUUGUUAUAUUUGUGACCGACAAUUUUAGGCGAGUUGCAACUGUUGCAAUGAGAUUUUUAUCUGUGAUUUUUACGAUGACCAUAUUAUAAAUAGACAGAUGAGUGUAGGUGCUUUACGAACCGUGCAUUUUGUGUAAUAAACUAAUAUUUUUAUAGGCACGCAUUGACCUUACAAAUUGUGAUAUAAAUAAAUAGCUAAAAUA